UUAAUUAAUUUAAUGAAUUAAUAUUUUUUAAAACUCCAACUCCAACUUCAACAACUUUGCCAGGACUGCAUUACAAUUUCAGUCAGUAUUUUCCAUGUCAAACAUCCAGCCAUACUGAUCAAGUAAUCUUGGAAUUCACCAGAAAUGUUCAUUUCACAGCUGCUCACAUUUCUUCUGGGGUCAUGCCUCCAGACCCUCGUAGAGGGUUGCAGUUCUCGAGGUCAAUUAAUCUGAACCCACAAAUAUUCAAACUAAUGUUACACCCUUGACCUGGCUACUGGGUUCCGAGCACAUUACCCUGACCAGACAGUGUCCUGAGGAUGCCUGACUCCAUGUAGGGGUGCUGUGACCUUUUAUGACAAUAGCCAGUGUUCCCCUUUGGGAUGAAUGGGUAGAUAAGGUGUCCAUCUAACCAGGCAGGCAUUCAGGCUGAGCAGGUUGAGUUCAUCUUGCUCCUGAUAAAUAGACAAAAGUCUCCCCAGGAAAAUGGGUAAGUACAAGUUCAGUCUUAUUAGACAGGUAUUUGACCAGAGGCUAAAAAAGCUGCAGAUAUUCAGAUAAAAGGAGGUGAAGGUGAAGACAGAUACAGGUGAAGACAGAUACAGAGGAGAGACUGAAAGGUUAGAAAUUGCUGUUCAAAAUCCAAUCACUGAUCCACACCGUAGGAAGUGGUAAAAGGCAGUUACAGGAUUUCCAUACAAGCUGCAGGAGAGGAAGACAAUGGCUGCAAACAUCCCAGGGCUGAUAGCUGUAGCUGUGUUUUAUAUGAUCAUUCUGGCAACUGGAAUAUGGGCAUCUCGAAAGUCCAAGCAAGAGGAGAAGAAAAGCACUGGGACAGGGACAGAAGUCACCCUGGUCGCUGGGCGAAAUCUAAAUACCAUUGUGGGAAUUUUCACAAUGACAGCUACAUGGGUUGGAGGAGGCUAUAUUCUCGGGACUGCUGCUGCUGUCUACAACCCUACAAAAGGCUUGGUUUGGGGUUUAAUGCCUGUGCAAUACAUAGUAAACUUUUUAGUAGCUGGUAUUUUCUUUGCCAAGCACAUGAGGGAUAAGAAGUAUGUAACUAUGAUGGAUCCCUUCCAGCUGAAAUACGGGCACACUCUGACCUGCGCUCUUCUGAUUCCUGCACUGAUUGCUGACGUGAUGUGGGUAGCAUGUAUCAUGGCAAGUUUAGGAGGAACUAUGGGCAUCAUUCUGGAUAUAUCAUCGUUCUACUCAAUCUGCAUCUCAGCUGCUGUGGCGAUAAUCUAUACGCUUCUCGGGGGAAUGUUCUCUGUGGCGUACACUGAUGUCAUACAGCUGGUGUUCAUCUUUCUUAGUUUGUGGAUGUGUGUUCCAUUCCUGAUGGUGAAUCCAGCAUCUACUGAUAUCACACUCACAGCAUUCAAUGGGACCUUUCAAGCUCCUUGGGUGGGAACAUUGGAACCAGAGAAUCUGGGUCUGUGGCUUGAUGAUUUUUUGGUUUUGAGUCUAGGGGGUCUGGCUUCUCAAAUUUUGCAUCAGAGAAUUCUUUCUGCAGCAUCGUCCAAAGACGCACAGGUCAUAUGUUUUGUUGCAGCUGGUUUCUCAUCCAUCAUUGGCAUUCCCUCAAUACUUGUUGGGGCAGUGGCUGCAUCAACAGACUGGAACAUGACCAGUUAUGGUUCUCCAUCCCCCUAUGACCGUGGUGAAGCUGGUAAAAUUCUUCCAAUCGCUCUGCAGUACCUCACACCCAACCUUGUCUCCAUCUUGGGGAUCGGGGCUAUAGCAGCAGCAGUGAUGUCAUCCAUGGACUCUUGUCUCCUGGCCUCUGCUUCCUUAUUUACCAAAAACAUCUACAAAACCAUAAUUAGAAAGCAGGCUUCUAACAGAGAGCUGCAGUGGGUGAUCAAGAUCUCAGUGACAGUGGUUGGGCUGGUAGGAAUGGGGCUGGCCUUCUUAGGGAACAAUGUUCUGACCUUCUGGGUCUUGGGUACUGAUGUGAUGUACACCCUGGUCUUGCCUCAGCUCGUCUGCGUUCUCUUCUUUCCUGUCUCCAACGGUUACGGUGCUGUGGGGGGUUACAUCCUGGGAGUGAUGAUGAGACUGCUGAGCGGGGAACCUCUGCUGCACUUGCCCCCUGCCAUCCACUUCCCCGGUUGUAGGCUAAUCAGUGGGGUCUAUGUCCAGCACUUCCCCUGUCGGACACUGGCAAUGCUGAUCUCCCUUUGCUCCAUUCUUCUGAUUUCUUAUGUGACAUCACUGCUAUUUGAAAAAGGCCUCCUGCCAAAGAGCUGGAAUGCAGUGCAGUCCAGGAUUUAUAAUGCAACUAGUGGUGCUGAAGAAAAAGCUGAUGACACCAUGCCUGCUGCUUCAGAUCAACUACUUGACACAACUUGUUAGAUCCCAUGUUAAAGCGAUAUUAAUUUUUGUAUGGUAAUUGUUCCUUUUCUAGUAUUUCCCUAAGUCUGGACUGUUUUCUUUUUUUCUCUUAAAAGGGCACAUUGUCUUUUGGCGUUUUCACUGAAACUUGUGUAUAUAAUACAUUUUGAUGUAAUGAAUGAUUCUUAGCUCAACUGGUUAAUUUUCUACAAUCAUGGAAACUCUUUACAUGUAAACAGAAGAAAGGUUGCAAUUUUCAUUUAAUUUGAUUGUGAUAUUGCUUCCUGAUAUUUUUUAAAUACUCUGGUUGAUAUUAUGUGAGUGUUUCUAACUUUGAAGUCAGAAGAUAUUAUUUUUUGGUGACAAUGGUAUUGUAAACAUGUCCUCCAUUUCUGAAAACAGGGUAUGUCAUUUUCUGUGCUUGCCCAAAGUAGGAGAGCAGAACUUUUAUUAGAUAGAUUAGUCUGUGAUCAUGCCAGUAUGCUUGAUUCUUUUGAAAGCAUUCAUUCAAUGUGAGGAGUUAGAACUCAAUGUAUUUUAAUGGACAACAAUGAUGGAAAUUAAUUCAAAUAAAUUACUUGUCAUUGACCGAUUUGCAAAAUAUUCGAGAAUUCAGAUCCUUGGCCUGCAUUGGUCGGCCCAGUAGUAUGCAAUAUUAGCUGCGGACAGAUACACAAACACACGCACACACACGACCGAAUGCAUAAUCCCCUCCAGGCUCGCGCCUGGCGGAGAUAAUGAACAUGUAGUCUCAUAAAAAUGAUAAAGAUAUUGCAUGUACCAUCAGUAUUUACAGAUACAGAUCUAUUAUGUCCCUAACAGGGUGAUAUUCACUUAAUUGUAGCCUACAGUUUUAAGUACGUACGCCGGGUGAAUUUGUGUUCCUGAGAGUAAGACAUAUCCCAUUCAUGGCUGAAUGAAAAAAAAAAAGUGAAAAUGAACAAUCAAAAAAAAAAAUGACGUUUGUGAGGUCAAUUUGAUACAGGAGAACAGGAAAAAACUUUCCCAGGUGCAACCUGUUCUGAUGUGUGCGCGUGCUCUAACUAAAAAACAAAACUAUCAUGCACCACCCAUCUAGCCAUCCCACCCCCAACUAUAGUUCUUGUGAGAAAAUUCAAGAAAUGUUUUCCAGCCAGAAACAGAAACUUACGUUUUCUGGCCAGAAACACACCAUUCAGGUAAAAGGCAGUGAUGCCAUUUCUGUCCCCCAAAAAAGGAUUGUAUGGACAAACACAAUGUGCAGCAAGUGCAAGAAAUACAUCUGUGAAGCCCAUGCUUUCAGAAUUCCAUACUGUCAUAUUUACCCAGGGGGGUAAACAAAGGAGGAAAAAAUACCUAUGUUGUGUGUUCAUGACAGUUGAUCCCCUCCCUUUGCCUCCGAGGGCUUGUUUGACAAUAACUGUGUUUUUGAAAGACAUUUUAGACAUUUAACUGCCAUACCUGUGUUUAUAGCCCACAGCAAGAAGGUACAGACACUGUGUCAAGCUGACAAGCCUUGUCUCUAUUAGAGCACAACCUGCCCACUGGCUGUCUGGAGUGUGAGUAGCCCUGUGAUAUGGAGUUGCCCUGAGAUAUACCAAUGGGAAAAUGUAUAUGCUUUGUUUCAGAAUUGUACUGGUAAAAAUGUAUCUAUGGUUUUGGUAUACAUGUAUUCCAUUUAUUAUCUUUGGGUCAAAUUUCUCCAUUGUCUUCAUGGAUGGGGGUGUUACGUGCUGGUGAUUAAGCCAACCCCCAGCUGGUGAUCUGUGCUUCUCUCUCUCUCUACCUGUGGCUUAGUGCUCCUCCUUAACAAGCUGCUGAUUACCUGAUUGGCCUCACAUGCCUGUGGCCCUACUUAAGCCCUGCUGCAGCUGAUAAAGUAUUUAUUUCCAUGUGUAAAUGUAUUUGAAAAUACUUCAUUUACACACAUUUUCAAAUACAAAUACAUAUUUGUAUUUGACCCCAGGUCUGUUGUGUUCAUUGUGCUAUAUUACAAACAAACACAUAAAAAGAAGUUACAUUUUUUUUAAACUAAUCAAAUUAAAAACUGAUGUGAAUCAAUAGGCUCCUAAU